AUGGCGGACGACGAGGAGUUGAGUUAUCCAUUAGAAAUAAUUUAUUGCGGAGGUAUUUUUAAACUGAUGUCGAAUUCUGACUUUGACAUAUUAUUACUGAUGUCUAUUUACCUUUUUUUCAUUUUGUUUCUUUAGUUUGUACCUUACCUAGCGAGGUAUGUUCAAUUAUUUUAAAAUAUUGUUACUUGUAAAAUUUCAUUUUGCAAAUUGUACUUUUUGUACUAUUAUACUGUAGUAUUUUAUGGUAUACUCAAUUGGUUAUUUCUAGUGGCUAUUUAUAUAUCAGUGCUGAAGUUUAAAUAACUAAAUGUGCACAUACAGAAAAGUACUUUAUAAGCUAAAAAGUAGGAAAAUAUACAGCACUUGAUGUAAACUUUUGAUUUGGUGCUGCAUGCAACUUUUGUAAAAUUAUACCACAUAUUAAGCUACAAUGCACCCUACUUUGUUAAUUUACUCUCUUUAAUGUCAGACAAUUUUAAGCUGAUGGAAUUAAGGUAUCAGUUUACCGUCAACUAAAAUUUCAAAAGUUGAUGCAGAUUUUUUACAUUUAUUUUUCACAAUUUGAAUUUGUCAAAUUUUGAGCUAAAAAUUCGAAUUUUGACUGAAAAAAUCCAAGCUAUCAGCUAUUUCGUUGACUCUGUUUCACUGUGUUCUCAGCUAUCAGCUAUGUCUUUGAUUCCGUUUUGCUAUGGCUCUGCUAUCUGUAUAAACAAAAUCAGUAUUUACCAAAAAUUUCAACAGAAAGCCAUUUUUGAAACACUUGCAACACAAAUUUGACAAAUAAUGAAAAUAUUGAAAUGAUAGAAAAUUCACACGGCUGCCUUAAUUCUAUUGGCCUUACAUGGAAAGCGUGGGAUGUUUAUGGGUUAAUUUAAGAUUCACAUUCUAAAAUGGUGCCAUUUUUGCUUGCUGAGACCAUGACCUUUCAUCAGAAGUUUAAUAAGCACGCAUCCCACCCUGAGCAUUUCACCAUAGUCACAGGUGUAUGGGCCGGGGGGCACGGGGGGGGGGGCAUUUGCCCCCCCCCAAUUUUUACGCUCGGGCAAAAAUCCAUGUGAAAUUCGGGCAAAACAUAAAAAUUUCAGAAAAGUUUUGAUGUCCUUAAAAAUUUUUUAUAUCUUUGCAAAAAUCAUGUGAUGUUAGGAAAAAUUUUCUGAUAUGUCUGUCAAAAUUGUUGUAUGUCUGUAGAAAAGUAUUUGGUAUGUACGGAAAUUUUUUUGUAUGUCCGAAAAUUUUUUUGUAUGUCUGGAAAAAAUUUGUAGAAUGUUUGUAGAUAUGUCCGGAAAAUUUUUUUUUGUAUGUCCUGAAAAAAAUUUUUUGUUGACCUCGCCAACAUUUUUGGGGAGAAAUAUUAAUGUUCAGUUUGCCUGUUCGCGCAAACUAUACUGUGCCCCCCCAAACAAGAUCAGGCCCAUACGCCCAUUCAGACCAUAGUCUUGAAACCAUAUAUAGUAUUGCCAUAAAUAAUACUCCAUGUUCUUUGUGCAAGUAUUGUGAAUACAGUCCGAGUUACGACCAGUGCAAGGAAUGGUGGAAAGACAAUCACCCUGAUGAAUAUGAAGACAUGAUAGCGCAAGGUACAUUAUUAUUUUAUAAUAAUAAUGGGUCAUUCCAGAAAAUAUCCAUACCUCCCCCACAUGGGAAAUUGAAAGUUACCCUACUCCCUUCAGACAUCUAGACCGUGAGCAGUCCCUUGGGAGAAAUGAGGGACCACCGACAACACUUCCAGGCCUUAAAAUAUCUUUUCCAGGGCCGUCUGACAAAAUGUCCGGUCACGUUGUGUUUGGGUUGGACAUAUGUCCGAUGACCUUCAGUUCAUUUUUGACUCGGAAAUAAGUCUGAAUGACCCAAAUGAAUAAACGGUAAAUGUUGUAAAAAUAUUAAAUAAUUUGUUUCUUUCAUACUUAUUUCCAAGCCAAAAUUAACUUGCUUUCCAGAACAGCAGUAUCAAAAAGACUUCGACAACUUAAGCCCGUUUUCCACUUCACCAUUUGCCCGUGCUCGACUACGUUAAAACAACAUUUCCAGUUGACCUUUUAUACAAUAGUACUCUGAUUUUCCAUUUAACACACAAGUUUCUUGUCCUGGGCUAGGGUACAUUUUGAUUUACGUUGGACAAAGUUACAGUUCGGUCGGACACCAAUACACUCGGGUGAGUUGGGUCGGACAAACAAUAAACCUCAGUUUCACUUAGGUCGGACAGAAUGUCCGGUGGUUUCCUUUCUACGUCGGACAAUUUCACGAAUGGGUCGGACAAUGUCCGUGACCGACCGAUAUUUUAAGGCCUGCACUUCAAGAAACGAAAUACGCCCACUUUUCACUCUUGUCAAGUUGGUUCCGCCUUUGCAUAAACAUUACUUAUAUCCAAUUAAAUCUAUCCAAUAGGAACCAUUAAUGUCAUGUUUAUUUAUAAAAUCAACAUUGGAAAUGGAAAUUAUUUGUAGCAUAAAUUACUACGUUAUCAGAUUUGAUUGACAGGCAUAUUGAUUCGCCCAAUGGGAAUUUUGCGUUGUGUGGGCAACAUGUAUUUUGAUUCUUGAUGUGUUGUCGGCAGUCCCAACUUUACUUUCACAUGCUCUGUCACUUUAUCAUAACUGUUAUGGCAGGUUCAAAUGGAAUACUUUGCAAAUCGAUAUAUAAAGUAAAUGAUAUUUAUUCGAUCUGAAUAAAACAAAUAAUACAAAUAUGUUAGUAUUUUCCAACUUAAUGAUUUUUACUUUACCCACCCUUUGGCUUGGUGAAUUUUUAUUCAACCCACCCUUUUCCACCCAUAAAAUUUUGUUUACCCACCCAUUUUCUCUUCGCCCGCCCGCCAUAAAUAAUGACCGGUCCCUUGCGAAUAAAUUGACCUUUUACGCGAAAUAAAGCCGUGAGGUCAAUUUAUUUGUAAUAAGCUCAGAGGUACAAAAGCUAGUCAAAAAUAAUCUGUUACUUAAUGAAUCUUGACUGUUUGUAUGAAUUGUUCAUGACUCAUUUAGGCUGCAGCUUAUUUACGACAAUUUUAGGCCGAGACGUAUAAUAACUAUUUCCAGCUAGAUUGUGGACCGCUCAAAUCAUUGCUCUUUUACAUGCCUCAAAUGUCGGGGCUUAACUUGAGCGUCGAAUAUUUUCAAUGACUUCGAGCCUCGUUUUUCACGGGGUUUAACUGGAAUUUUUCAAGUUGUGUUCCUUCGAGUUAAGUCCUUGACGAAAAUGGGUGUGGUUUUGGGCGUGGUCGGGGCUUAACUCGAAGAUGACCUACCUCACCUACUUUAUUAUUACUCUGUCUAAUGCCAGACGAUUUUACUGAUAUUCUGUGGUACCUGCAUGUAUCGGAAACAAAUUUUUCUUCCUUACCCCUUCGAACGGCGGACAUUUCUUCUGUGGGGGAGUGUGGAUCUUUUCUGGAACAACCCAGUCUCAUGACAAGAUUGUACUUUAUAACCAUAUAUUGUACAUUACAAAUUGUGAAAGUUCAGAUAGAUAUAGUUUAGCUCAAAGGUAAAGUUAAAAUGCAAAACCUCACAUAGACAAUAUAUAUGUGAGACACGUGCCAAAAAUGUCAAAUGUUAUAUCCUUGUCUUACACAAUUUAUACCAAAUGAAACACUUCUAAAAUCCACAAUCAAAAGAUCAAUUUUGUAAAAUAUUUGCAAAAGUAUUACAUGAAUAAUAGACAUAUCAAAGUCUUGAAUAUUAAAUCCUACAAUAAAAGUAUCAACCAUAUACACUCAUGCAAUCAGUAAAAUGUAAAACAUUCUAUUAACGACACAUUCUUUCAGUUGCACAAGGUCUUGAAGCAUUAGAUGUUGCAGGAGCAAAGAAACGACAGACAAGAGGUAAGCUGUACAGCGUAGUCUCUCAAGAUAUAAUUGUUUGCAUGCCCAGCAAACUUUAAAGCUACAGAAUAGUACAAUGAACUCAAUUACUGUGACCGUGACAAACAAAAACGUAACACAGUCGAAUGCCUUAUGUUUAGUUUUCACACCAUCAUAUCUUAAUAGACUAUGGCUGUACUAAAUAUACCACAAUGGACGACUUGCGCUUCAGACUAAAUUUUAAUCUAAGUAAGAACAACGAAAUCUAUCACCACAGCUAGAAAGAGCGUCUUGGAAUUAGUAAUAUUACAAAGUUUGGUUGCGAAAUGUUGUAAAAUACGGAAAAUAUAGCCCUUUAAAGUUGGCAAAUUUGUAUACUUUUGUGUUACGUGCGUGAAUUGGUAACUAAAUUAGUUACCAAUUUCCGCACGUAAUAGAAAUGUAUACAAAUUUGCCAACUUCGCAGGGCUAUAUUUUCCGUAUUUUACAACAUUUCGCAACCAAACUUUGCAGUUUUUCUAAUUUUGAUAACUUCUUUCCGAAAAUAUCCUUUGUUAUUCCCAGAUUAAAUUUUUUUUCUUUUGUCAACUUUAUAAGAACCAUUCACUUACAGUACAGAAAUCGUUUAACCCAUUAAUGUUCAAGAGUCUCCCCUUGACAACUAAAAUUGCCUGGCAUUAGACAGAGUAAAAUAACAAAAUAAGGCAUAUUUGGGUGUAUUGUACCUUGAUGGGUUAAGUACUGUUUAAUAAACGAGCAGGAGUGUUUUUAAUUAUUAGGUUUAAAGCCACGAGCGCGCAGCGCGAGUGUCUUUAGACCUAAUAAAACACGACCUGCGAGUUUAUUAAACGGCUUCAAACACGACUACAAAUUCAAGAUAGAUAUACUGCCUUAUUAGUAUUCUUUAUAUAAAGAAUACUAAUGAGGACACGACUACAAUAGAUACUGCCUUAUUAGUAUUCUUUAUAUAAAGCAUACUAAUUAAGAGUGUUUUAUCAUGUUUAAAGCCACUGCACGUGACAUAUUAUGGUUGACAUGCCCCCAAGUACAAGACUAAUGAUUAUCACCACAGUAAACCACUUCUGCGUAGCGGUGCUAUGUGAAAUACACCUAUUUUAGUGAUGCUUUUCUAUUUAGGCUCAUUCCCCCUUUACCUUAUUAUUUUACUGUCCAAUGCAAAUAACAUAUUUGGGGUUAGUGGCACUUUAAAGACGUAUAGUCUAAUAUUUCCUUAAUAUUUAGGAGGAAAAGGUGUUGUUAAAACUAAAAAAAAGGUAAGAAAUAUUCGUAUAUCCUUUUUUUAAUUAACAAGGAUCCUACCAAAAAUGUAUAUCUAGUGAUUAUAUGCAAGAAAAUAUUUUAGCGAAUCAAAAGCCAUUGACGUGCAUUGUCGUUGUGCAAAGAUGUCUUUUCCCAUCUUCUCAGACAUGUUAUUUUGGGAAACAAGUUAUAGAAAUGAUUUUUAUCUUAUUUUCUGAUAUAUUUUUUUUUCUUCUGUACGUUUUACUGUACAUGUCAAAUAAAAAAUUAGGGUCACGGAGCUUCUUAUUAAAGAGAUGCAAGGGUUAAACAUGCAACAUGAUGUGUUAGUCCCACAAGAACCCUAGCCAGAGUUCUGUCAUUUUUGAAGGUAUUUUUCCUGAAGCACGCCUAAUCAAUGCAGAGUGUUUUUCUCUUUUCCCUUACUCUUUCUCUAUCACUUUACAUUGCAGUUCGACUACAUAUAUUAGCCGGAAUUUGUUAUUAGAUAUGCGCAGUAAAAGUGCGCAAUGCAAAACUGAUGAAUCACUUUAAGACGCUGUUAUCCGUGGGAAUGGACCUUAGAAGUGCCUACUGUAUGUCCGUAAUUUCCAAACAAUGAAUUGACCGAAAACUAUCCCACAAUGCACUGUCAAGUGUGCAUUUCAGAUGUCCUCUGUAUUAAAAAUUGUGUGACGUAAUCGCACUUCUAAGUAAGGUCUAUUGGCCAUGGUGGUUUUCAAUCAAUCACUUGAGAUUUCUAAGACAAAGACAUGGCACCCAAGUCGGAGGAAAUCACGCUCCAAAUACAAUAGCUCCAUUCUUUGCUCCUUUCUGUUUCCCUUGGCUGUUCCAGAUAGUGGGGUUAAUUUUACUGUAAUUAAUAUAUUUCCCCCUGAUAUUUUGCUUGCAGCCAUCCACAGGACCCAAGAAAAUAACAGUGUCAUUAUCCCAACGAAGCAAGAAAAAAUAUGUGACUGUAGUGACAGGAUUAAAGACGUUCGGUACGUUGACAUUACUUAUUGGGUGGGGAAAAUAUUUUACUUUCUGGAACCGCAAGGGAACAUUGAAAUUUUGCUAUACUUUUACUAUGAAACAUAAAAUGAAAUAUCUUUUAUCUAUCUAAAUUAUUACAAGUAUCUUUUCUUUUCUUGGGGGAAUAUUUUCCGGGAAUACAAAAAUCCGAUACUUUUCCACCCUCGCGACUUAUAUUUGAAACAAAUAAGGGAGAAGUCAUUUAUGGCGGCGGGUCAGGGUGGCACUGAAGAGAAAAUGGUUGGGCAAACAAAAUUUUGAGUGAGUAAAAGGUUGGGUAAAUGAAAAACAAAACAAGUCAAGGGUGAGGGUUGGGUAAUAGAAAUUUAUUGUCAUUUCCAAAGUGUGACUCACUCAAAUAUUGACUACUAAACAAGCAAUACAAUAUGUAAAAUCAAUCAGAGUCGCUAUCUUGAUCAGUCAUUUGUCCCGAGGUAAAUAUUGUCUCCAAAGAAAGUACAUGUGCAGAUAACAUGAAACUUUAGACUGCAGAAAAUUGCACAAGUAGUUAUGUCACAGAAAUGGUAAAGAAUACGGCCAGGGGUGGGUACGUAUUUUGCAAUUGAUAUUUAAGUUUGGAUAAGAUUUUUUUGACUUUUUAAUGGUUGGAUCAGCAAAAUGUUUACCAAGAAAAACAUUUAUCUAGACUAGCCUGGACAAAAAUUUGCAACGAAACUUCGGAAUAUUACUAAUUUUGCGAUGCUCUUUCAAGCUGUGAUGAAAUUUUUGGCCAGACUUGUCUAGAUCAAAAUUUCACUUAAAAGGGGAAAGGUCUAUUAAAACAAAAGUGACUUUUUCUGUUGUUGGAACUGUAAAUUUACCAUUAUACACACAGCUACGGUGAUAAAAUGUCGCAUUUCGCGGUGCGUGCUCUCUCAGACUUGGGAGAAGCAGUACCCCAAAAUGGCGGAUAAACCGAGGCUAAUUGCAUCAUCUGUUUAACGGAUCAUCAGAGGAAACAUCGAGAAUCACAAAUAUUUCCACAAUGUUCCCUAGUUUGCCCAGGGCUUAAGGUGAUACCAAUGAACAAUGCACGGGCAAAUACCAGGCACCUCACUCGGCACAACUAAAGGGAUUUGUUAGAUGGAAACUUGUGGUUGGAGCUCGACAACUGUCUUUUUGUGGCUUCGUUGGUUAGAGCGCUGCACCGGAAUCACAGAGCCACAGCUUCGAUUCCUGCCAGAGGGCCGAUAGUUGCAUUCUUAGCAACUCUGCUUGUUAGGUCUCACAGGGUUCGUAGCGGUCUUUGAAAUCCUUGAAAGUCUUUAAAUUGGAAUGCAGGUCUUUAAGGUCUUUGAAGUCUUUAAAUUGUGUGAAAAAGCGAAGAAAGUCUUUAAAAGUCUUUAAAUUCUUUAGUGAGGAAUUGAUUAUACGAUUUCCUAGCUAAUAAAAUAGAUUGAUUGAAUCAAGAUUUUCGCAAAUAUCGACGAAAAUGCGCAUUUGAGGAUGUGAUUUGACGGGACUGAUUACUGGGUAAAAAUGGUGCUUACACUCGCCAUUUUUCGACAGCUGAUUGCUCUCAAAGAUCUUUGAAAAGUCUUUGAAAAUAGGCAGAAAAAAUCUUUGAAAGUCUUUGAAUUUUUUUGGUCUUGGAGACUACGAACCCUGUCUCAAAAAUGUAUAAAAAUUCCACUCGAAUUUCUUUUUACAAAUCCUUUCUUUGGCUUCAACAAUUAGUCGUGUCGAGUGGAGUUCCCGGAGUCCUGUUAUUAGGGGGUUGGGAUUUAGAUCAGAUUAGGAUUUAGGUUAGCGUUUAGGUUAGGAUUAAGUGUGAGGUUUAGGGUCAUCAAAAUAUUGAAGUUGUAUCGUAAAUUUCAUUUUCAGAAAUCGAUAUAAAGAAAGCAACUAAGUCGUUUGGUCAGAAGUUCGCUUGUGGUACUUCAAUCACUGGCGACGAUGAGAUCAUCAUUCAGGGUGACGUAAAAGAUGACGUUAUUGAUUUUAUACAAGAAAAAUGGCCAGAGGUAGGAGAACAUUUGGUGUUUGUUUUAACGAGAGUUGUAUUUAUGACAGUAGGUCUUUCUUCAAAUGAAAAAGCAAAAACACAAAUUCACAACUGUACAAAAUUGCGCAAACAUUGGACUUACACAUGCAAAUAGCCGAAUUCAUAUUAGAGAUGGGAAAGUCGUCCAUGAAAACCAGAGCAUGAAAACCGUCUGAAUAUAGUAACUUGUUAGCACUUUUUUCCAUCCAGCAAACCGCCCUACCGAUUUUGUAAAGUCGUUUCUUUUUGGAUUUUUUUAUUAAUUCGGUUAGGGUUAGGGUUAGGGUUGAGGUUAAGGUUAGGGGUUAGAGUAGGGGUAUGUUUUGUUACAUAGCCAUUUAACACCUCUUCUAUCUUGCGAAAAUGACGUUAGGUCAGUUUGCUAGUGCUAACCAUAAUAACUUUGGGGAAGGAAAUCCGUAUGAAAUUUUAUAAUAAUAAUAAUAAUAAUAUGUAUUUAUUUAAUCACGAUAAGUUAGGCUGGGAUUACACUAUACCGGAUUGAUUUUUAUACCGGAUCAAUUUUCACACCGAAGCCAAAAUCAAGGGUGUUUACACUAUGCCACUUCGCUCUGUUGCCAGCUCGUAUCUUUUAUCGUUGCCACGGAAACAAAUAAUAAGUUUUGACCAUUUUGGACGUUUUCUCGACAGUACUUGUGAAUUAUAACUUUGUUUACAAAGCUUGACCACCCGACGUUGCUUUGUCUCGCUCUUAUCGAAAAUUGACGAGUAUUUCAUUAAAUUUUGCCCUUUUGAAAGCAAGAAGUCAAUGUUAUUACCGCUAUCUUUAUUUGUCUUCGCUAGAAAUAAUAAAUAAUUGUAAAGCGAAGCAAACAACAGCUAUAAAAUAUUUAAAAGCGAGUAAAUAAAACGACAAUGUUAACAUAUACUUGCCGAAACCUAUUUAUAGUACCGGAGCGUACCGGAUUGCCUGAUUACACUUGGUUUUAUCCGGUACAGCACGUACCGGAUUACUUUUCAUAUCACCUCCAAAGCGAAGUGAUUUUCGCGCCGCGGCACGUACCGGAUUACAGUGGCGUAUAGUGUAAACAAGAGGCCAAUCUGGUACAGAAAUCGCGUCGCUUCGAUACAAUCCGGUAUAGUGUAAUCGGGGCCUUAGUUACAGGCAGUGCUGGUGUGGUCGUGAAAAUAGCAAAAAUUCUAGCUAAACUAACUAUAAAAACCUAUAUUUAUAUAUAAUUGUCUGAAUAUUGAUCUUUAAAUCUUUUCUUUAAAGUCUUGUAACUUGUGUAUUCCAAACAUCUUAAAUCAUUAUCGAGAGAGUUGUUCCAUAAAACAGCUCGCUUGUAUGACACAGACUUCUUCAAGUAGUCAGUUUUCGGUUUUCGAAUUCUUAAACAGUUCAUUGUUCGAAAGUUAUACAUUCUUUCUCUUUUCACAAAUAAUUUUUGAAGCUGGAGAAAUUUGAUGAUAGCAGUUAAAUACUAAACUUAGCAAUUUUAAAUCAUAAAAUAGUUUAAGAGUUCUCCAGUUUGCUACGAUGUAGGUUUUAUAUUCAAUUUUAUGUAGGUUUUAUAUACAAUUUUAUAUGUUUAUCUCGAGUUCUAGUUUUCCCUUGCUUGGCAACCCUUUAUCCGUCUGAAUGCGAAUUUAAGAUGGGUUUCUCGUCCACCCACGUAAGAACGCACAAGUUGGAACAAACCUGCAGCAGACUUGUAGCAAUGCUGUUCCAACAACUUGUCAACAGGGUGUAUUCGCACUGCUUGUUCCCAGCUUGUUAACAAGUUGUCAACGGCUUCUUGACAACUUGCUAUACAAGGUUGUUGAGCUCAACAGACUUGUUGCAAGUUGUUCCAACAACUUGUUAUCGUCCUGCAAUUCAACAAUUCGGCACCAAGUUGCGAGUGACAACCUUGUAGCAACUUGAUAAAAUAACAGCAUUGUUACAACUGGUUGACAAGCUUGCUUACAAGCCUGUUUUUGAACACAUCUUGUUGAGAAGUUGUGAGGCAAGUCUGUUUGGAUAAGAAAGUCGGCAAAGUUGAGAUGGAAAACUCGUCUGUUGCCGGAUUUAUUUUGCACGAGUUUCCCGCCCGUUUUCCUUCUCUAAUGUGAAUUCGGCUAAAGUGUCGAACCUUGGGUUUGGAUCACAUAUUGAAGACAUACUGUUAUAAUAACUAUAGGAUGAUAUGAAAUCCCUUUUCCAUAAUAUCGUCAUCACUGACAAGUAAAAGUUUCUAUGGCGAUGGCGCGACAGUGACAUUCUGUAGUCUCUUUGUCUUACGUUUUGGAAAGGUGCAUUGUCAUCUAUCAGUUAAGAUCUUUAUUCAGUUUUCAGUUAAAUGAACGGGCAAAUGUUAGCAGUCACAUGAGGCAACUUUGUAAUGCAAUUUCUGGCAUAGAGCCACGAUUUUUAAAAAGUACUCUCAUCAGGAAAAUUGUGACUAUAGGCCAAGGUUUACUUUGCCGACAUUUUUCAUCCCAUUUCUUUCAUUUUUCAUUCCUUAAGGCGGUUUUCCACUGGGCGAAAUUUAGAGUUCAAAGAGAGCCUGUUCGCAGGCUAGGCGAAAUUUUUCGAUCGAACCGAAAUUUAUAUUGUUCAAAUUCAAAAGAUUUCUGUUUAGUUACGUCUGAGUGCUUGUAAAGGCCUGAUUCCACGAGGCGGAAUUUUUCGACCGAAACGAAAUUUCUCUCUGUCUUUUUACAAUUAGUUCUGCUUGAGAGCUCAUGAAACAAAGAGAAAUUUCGAUUCGUUCGAAAAAUUUCGCCUAGUGGAAAACCGCCUUAAGGCCUUAAGGCCUUAAGGCCGGAUUCCACGAGGCGGAAUUUUUCGACCGAAACGAAAUUUCUCUUUGUCUUUUUACAAUUAGUUCUGCUCGAGAGCUCUGAAACAAAGAGAAAUUUCGAUUCGGUCGAAAAAUUUCGCCUAGUGGAAAACCGCCUUUACAAAAGAAAAUUUCAAUUCGGUCGAAAAAUUUCGCUUAGUGAAAAACCGCCUUUAAAGUAUGUCAUGUACAGAAAGCAUCAGCAGAGUAGAAUACGGGCCAUGCUCAUAUUUCUUUGUGACUACGAUAACAUGACUCUGUAUCCGAAAUUGCAUUGAAGUUGCUGCGAAAAUCGCCUCGUGUAAUAUGUCCUUAGGGACUGGUCAUUAUUUAUGGUGGGGGUGGCACCGAAGAGAAAAGGGUUGGGCAAACAAAAUUUGAGUGAGUAAAAGUUUGGAUAAAUGGAAAACAAAACAACUCAAGGGUUGGGUAAUAAAAAUUUAUUGUCAUUUCCAAAGCAUGACUCAUUAAAAAUAUUGAAGAUUAAAAAGCAAUGCUAACAGUCAUGCAUGUCAAUACAAUAUCAACCAGAGUCACUAUCUUUUGCAUUUUCCGAUUUGUUUGGAGGCAAAUGGUAUCUUCAAAGAAAGUACAUGUGUAGACAACACGAAACUUUAGCCUGUCGAAAAUUGCACAAGCUGUUAUCAAACUGAAUGGUAUCUUUUUGUAAAGUUUCUGGCCAGGGGUGGGUAUUUAUUUUUGGUGGUAAUUGAUGUUUGAGGUUGGGUAAAAUUUUUUGGACUUUUUAAUGGUUGGAUCAGCAACAUUUUUACCAACAUUUCUUUUUGGUGCCCCCCCCCAAUAAAUAAUGACCGGUGCCUUACUUGAAAUGACAGUUCAUUUGGUCUAGAAUUGAACAAAAUAAUUUGUUUUUCUGUUGUUAGGUGGACAGUGGUAGUAUAGCAGAUCUUGGAACGAAGAAAUGA